AUGGCAACAAGCAGAGAAAUUCCGAUAAACGUUGAUCCAGAAUUUAGAUGGCGAAGCGUGAUGAGAACAAAGGUAGAACAAGGAAAACCCCGCGGCACUCGGAUCAGCACCCGAUCUUACAGUUUGCCCUGUGAACCGAGCAUCUUCUUAGAAACUUUAAAUCCAAAAGAAAGAGAAGCAGAUGAUACAGAAGGAAACUCAGCUGAAAUAUCCAGACAAGGCUUAAAUGAAAGGGAAAUGAGUGAAAAUGACAAAUUUUCAGGAAAAGUUUUGACCUUAUCGACAGAUCUUCUGAAGGAACAGGGGUACAGUGGAGAUACAACUGAUGAACAGUUAGAUAAAUCCGAAGAAAGGGAACAAAGAAGACAUUUCUUCCAGGAAAAUCCUGUUGUUGGGGAUUUAGUCAGGGUGUUUGAAGAGCAUUAUACCUCGUCAGUUCCCAGUCGCCCGAUCAAACUGGGAAGAAGGAAUACUUAUGGACCCGAAAGCUCAGGGGAAAGCCAUUUGUCGCCGACACGACGGACAUUAAACGCAUCCGGUAUUACAGACAGAAAUGAAACUUCCUUUGAUAUACCAAUUUAUGUUGAAUCCGACGGAAGAAAUAAUGGAACUCUUGAAAUAGAGGGGAGUCAUUUCUGCGAAAGUCACAGUCUGAAAGAAACGGAUAGUCACGAAGACCCGCAUCCUUCUGAGAAAUUUUCAGAUUGUGAGAGUGAGCUUGUUGAACCAAAAAGUUCCUAUGAUGAAGAGAUUCAUGUGAGCAUCGAACGUGACAACGGAGGUGUUCAAGAGCGCAUAAAUGAGGAGAUAAAUGACAGAAGGGAAGAAUAUCAGGCUCAUUUACAUCCCGAAGAAAGCAAUAUCGUUCAAGGUCAAAGAACCAUCGAGGACCAACCUGAGCCGUUUGAAAUUCCGCACUUACCCCCUAAGGCGUCAGAAACUGGGCAACAAGAAAGCGAGAAAAAGCUGUUACAAAUUGGAGGCAUUCUUAAGAAAGCUGAUGAUCUAGCGAGAGAAGUCGAUGCUUUCAGUGAGAGCAUCAAAACCAAGGAAUAUUUGAUUCUGGAAGAAGUUCUCACCCGUUGUUUGAUAGAACUGGACGCUGUUGAGGCCAAUCAAGAUGAAAAUGUUCGAGUGGAGAGAAAAAAAGGAGUUCAGAUUUUACAACAACUACUUGCACAACUGGAAGAAAAAAUAGAACCCGACACAAUUGAAAGUAAAGCAGGUAGAGACGAUACCACUGAAUCCUAA